AUGUGGACUACAAAAACAUUUUUAACCAAAACAAAACGGGGAAACAUUUUAAAAAUUGUAAGAGAACAUUAUCUAAGAGAUGAUUUACUGUGUGGCUCAGCAGCAUGUAAUGUAUGCCCUCAUAAAGACGAUGAAUGUAUUUUGGACGUUAAACCUGAAUCAAUUUGUGCUUUAUUCGACUACAAUCACUACCUUCUGAUAGACACGAAUGUUGUUCUGCACCAAAUAGACAUUUUAGAAGACGAUGCUUUAAAAAAUGUCAUCAUAUUGCAAACUGUUCUUGAAGAAGUCAAGCAUCAGAAUACAGCAAUUUUUCAAAGACUUCUAGAAAUUAUUGGGAACAAGAGACGGAAAUUUUACUCUUUUGUAAAUGAACAUCACAAGGACACCUAUAUUGAGAGAAAGCCAGGAGAAAAACCAAAUGACAGAAAUGAUAGAGCUAUACGUAAAGCUGCUGGGUGGUAUUUAGAGCACUUGUCAAUUAAAGGUCUUACUGGUGAUUUCCCGAAAAUAGUCUUGCUUACUGAUGAUGAGAAUAAUAGAAAACUUGCUCAAGACGAUGGCAUAGUGUGUUGCUCAGUUAAAGACUACAUUGAGAAUGUUAGUGGAUAUCCAGGUUUACUUGACAAAUUGUCCAAAAAUGUUAUGCCCGAGAAUUCUACCAAAGAUGCAUUGUACCCGGCUCAUUUGACACCUUCUCAGAUUCAUGCUGGCAUAAGGAAUGGGAAAUUACACCAGGGUACUUUCUAUGCAUCACGGGAUAAUUUUUUAGAAGGAACUGCUACUGUUAAUGGUUUUGAAAAACAGAUAUUACUUCAAGGCCACAUUGGUAUCAACAGAGCUAUUGAUGGGGACAUAGUGGCGAUCGAGAUUUUCCCAGAAGAGGAAUGGAGAAAACCAAGUGACAUUGUUCUGGAAGAUAAAGCUGAAGAUCCCGGAGACUUAUUGGAAGAAGAAUCUAUUCUUCUUAACACUGCCAAGUCGGCUGCAAGCGCUGAUAUAUCUCCCACAGGAAAGGUUGUGGGAAUAAUAAGGAGAAAAUGGAGGCAAUAUUGUGGGAUUUUGAUGCAAAGCAAAUUUCCCGGAGCCACUAGACACCUCUUCGCGCCAGCUGAAAAGAGGAUACCGCGCGUGCGCAUAGAGACACGGCAGAGUGAUCUAUUAGCGACACAAAGGAUUUUAGUCGCACUCGAUUCUUGGCCGAGAAAUAGCCGUUAUCCGUUAGGACAUUUCGUUAGAGCCCUGGGACCGAUUGGUGAUAAAGAUGCAGAGAAUGAAGUGAUACUACUAGAACAUGAUGUGCCCCAUGCAAGGUUUAGCGAGGCUGUGUUGGCUUGUCUACCUCCAGAUGACUGGACCAUUACAGAAGAGGAGAUAAAAAAACGCGUAGAUCUCAGAUCCAUCUGCGUAUGCUCAGUGGAUCCACCAGGAUGUACAGAUAUUGAUGAUGCGUUGCACGCGCGUCCGAUCCCCGGGACCACAAAUGGUCUGAAGAAGUACGAGGUUGGAGUCCACAUCGCGGAUGUGACGCACUUCGUGAGACCGAACACGGCGUUGGAUAAGGAAGCUGCUUCCAGGUCUACCACUGUGUAUCUGGUGGGGAAGAGGAUUGAUAUGGUACCGGAUCUGCUGAGUUCAAACCUUUGCUCACUUCGCGGUGGCGAAGAACGACUGGCGUUUUCUUGUGUUUGGGAAAUAGAUGAAAAUGCAAAUGUGCUUAAUACGAAGUUUCACAAGAGUGUUAUCAAGUCCCGUGCUGCAAUGACCUAUGAGCAGGCUCAGAUAGCGAUAGACGAUGGUUCGAGGCGGGAUGAAGUAGCCGCUUCGCUUCGUACGCUGAACGCGCUCGCUAAGAAAUUGAAACAGAAGCGAUUGGAUAAUGGGGCAUUACUGUUGGCUUCGCCUGAAAUACGAUUCGAGGUGGAUUCUGAAACCCACGAGCCAAUGGAAGUCCAAGCUAAACGUAUACUGGAUACAAAUUCCAUGGUUGAAGAGUUCAUGUUGCUGGCCAACGUGAGCGUGGCUGAACACAUUGCGGGUGAAUUUCCGCAGAGUGCGUUGUUAAGGAGACAUCCCGCUCCACCGCCAGCCAACUUUAACACUUUCCUAAAGGCCGCCGCUCAACAGGGUUUCGAACUUGACGUAUCAACCAAUAAAGCAUUUUCGAAGUCACUUAACGAAGCCGUUCUCCCAUCGAGACCAUUUUUCAAUACGUUGUUACGAAUAAUGGCGACGCGUUGUAUGCAACAAGCUGUCUACUUUUCGAGUGGAACUCUUGCGCAGGAGGACUACUACCAUUACGGGCUUGCGUGUCCGAUUUAUACGCACUUUACGUCACCUAUACGUAGAUACGCCGAUGUGGUAGUCCAUAGACUGCUCGCAUCGUGCAUAGGCGCAGAUGCGACACACGCCAGUAUAUUAGACACGAAAUAUGCCGUAUCGUUAUGCGAGAAUCUUAAUUAUCGUCAUAGACAAGCUCAGUACGCAGGAAGAGCGUCCGUCGCUCUCAAUACCCAUAUCUUAUUCAAGGAUCGCGUAGAAGUCGAGUCGGCCGUAGUGCUGGCCGUUAAACGGAACGCGCUCCAAGUGUUAAUACCCAAGUACGGCCUCGAAGGACCAUUGUAUCUACCCUCAGAUAAAUUUAUCUACAACGAAGAGGAACACGUGCAAAUAUGCAACGGUGUAGUCCUAAGAACGUUUGAUGAAAUUGUUGUAAGACUCAGUUUAGACAGCACAAACUUACAGCACCGAAAACUGGUGUUCCAACUCGUAAAACCUGUCAUACCAGGAUUCAGCUAUGAAGAAAUGGAAGUGGAGGCCGUUGACCAACCAGAAAUUGAGAUCGUGGAUAUCACGAGGACGAAAAAGAGACAGAAGAAAGAUGACGUGCAAAUUGUGGAACAGCCACAAGUGGUUAUAGAUAUUACAUCUAAGAAGAAACAAGAAACAAAGAGCAAGAAGAAGAAAGGGAAAAAAUAG